AUGUCUUCGAGAGCAUCGACAGUGCUGCUCGUCGUCUGUCUCCUGUCCGCCUCCUCACCGUUUGCCGCCGUCGUCAUCGCGCAAACGGAGCCUCAAGCACCGCCCGCCGAUGGCGGCGCAUGCGGUGGUCCGGCCGUCGAGGGCAAAUGCCACAGCGUCGCCAACGCGCUGCGCCUGAAGCUGAUCGCCAUCGCGUCGAUCCUCCUCGCCAGCGUUAUCGGCGUGUGCCUGCCGCUCUUCUCCCGCUCUGUGCCGGCUCUCCGCCCCGGAGGCAACGCCUUCGUCGUCGUCAAGGCCUUCGCGUCGGGGGUCAUCCUCGGCACCGGCUACGUGCACGUGCUGCCGGACUCCUUCAACGACCUCAGCUCGCCCUGCCUGCCCCGGAGGCCCUGGGCGGAGUUCCCAUUCACGGGGUUUGUCGCGAUGCUCGCCGCCUUGGUCACGCUCAUGGUGGACUCGAUCAUGCUCUCGUUCCACAGCCGGGGCAAGGGCAAGGGAAGAGCUGCGGUCGCGCGCCAUGGCCAUGACAGCUGCCCUCCGCAGGUGCACUGUCACGGGCACGGGCAUCUAGAGAUGAGUGAGGCGAGGCCGGAGGCCGCGGACAAGGCGGAGGAGGAUGUGGAGGCCGGCAAGGUGCAGCUGCGCAGGAACCGUGUCAUUGCUCAGGUCCUGGAGAUGGGCAUCGUGGUGCACUCGGUGGUGAUCGGCCUCGGCAUGGGCGCGUCGCAGAACGUGUGCACGAUCCGUCCCCUCGUGGCGGCGCUCUGCUUCCACCAGUUCUUCGAGGGCAUGGGCCUCGGCGGCUGCAUCUUGCAGGCCGAGUACGGCGCCAGGAUGAAGUCAGGGCUGGUCUUCUUCUUCGCCACGACGACGCCGUUCGGGAUCGCGCUGGGGCUGGCGCUCACCAAGGUGUAUAGUGACACCAGCCCGACGGCGCUGAUCGUCGUUGGGCUUCUCAACGCGGCGUCGGCGGGGUUGCUCCACUACAUGGCGCUCGUCGACCUCCUUGGCGCGGACUUCAUGGGGCCCAAGCUGCAGAGCAGCGUCAGGCUCCAGAUGGUCUCCUUCCUGGCCGUGCUCCUCGGCGCCGGCGGCAUGUCCGUCAUGGCCAUGUGGGCGUGA